UCUCCGUUUCUCCUCCUCACGCGCGUACACUUGUCUCUCCUCUCCCACGCAUCACCCAACAAGCAUCGACCUCCUUAUGGCCGACGCCGGCGUUGUCAACACCGUGCCCUCAGCAGAGAACGCCGAGGAGGAACAACCCCUCCCCGCGCCGGUCCCCGUCCCAGCCGCCGACGUUGGGAAAGGCGAGAAGGCACCCGUCCCAGCCGCCGACGUUGGGAAAAACGAGGUGCGGCCGUGCGUGGUGCUUGCCCUCCAGGCGGCGACGGCGCCACCCCUGGUGGCACCCAAGCCCAGGAAACGCCGCCAGGCCAACCCCGCCCCUGCACCGGCCGCCAGCAGGCAGCGGUUGGAGUCCCACGUCGCGGCGCAUGCCCUCCCGACGACGCGGGUGCCACCGCCUGUCUCCGAGAACCACCUGCCGGGCAACAUUCCGUGGAGGUAUAGACAUACAUCGGGGUGCGACGCAUGCGCGUUAGGCAUGGAACUGGGAUCUUGACAAAGAAAAAGGACUCCGGGAAGGCACUCGAAGAAUACUAGAAUCACGGGAUAUAAAUGGAGAAGGAUGUCCACCAGAAGCAACACCCUCGAUCGGUAAUCACUGAUCCGGUCGACUCGGUGUUCAGUGAAGAAGUUGAGACCAUCAUCAUCUAGGUGGAAGAGCGAGGUGGAAAGGCAUGCUCCACCUCCUGGACCAUCUCAAGGAUCACUUGGAGGUGACGCCAUGCAGACCGAGUUAGAGAAGUGUACUGGUGGCUAGAUAAGGAAUUAGUGUUACAAGGAAGGGAUUGUUUUUACUUAUCAUCCUGGGCUAAGCUUUUCUCGUGGCGUGGUCUAAAUGAUUGGCCAAUGAUUUAGGCACUCACGUUCUAUGACUUGGGUCUAUUAGUGGUGGGUUGUGGUAUACCACCUAUAGUUCACAUGUUCAGUAUGUCAUCGGUGUCCUUCAACACUUUGGCCACUCAAAAUGGAUUUUCUAAUCAAUUUUCC